AUGGGCCGGAAAAGCCAAAUGAUUGACACCUCACAGACAGACAGCGAGAGCAGAGGUGAAAGAGGGGGUGAAGAGAGCGACAACAAAGAACGGAAGCGACACCAGGUGAUUCGGAGCGGGCGUGGACAGUUGAACCAGAGAACGACUGGAGGUGUAAAGUUCAGUUCUCAAUCUCCUGCACCAGACUUGACAAGCCGAGCGGUCGACUCAGAAGUCCAGCUUGGUGGGCGUAAGUCACCUGGUCAUCGGCCCCGUCAGCAGGGUGCAGUCGACAUCGAAGAAAUCGUCGCACCACCACAACGGGCGUCACACCGACCCGCUGAUUGGGCCUCGCCCACAGGGCUGGCCAAGUGA